AUGACAACAGUGAGUGAUGAUGAGAAUGUUGGUGAUAAGGUUGAGAAGAAGACAGAGGUGUCUACUGAUAAAAAGGAAGACAAGAAGACAAGAAAACGGGAAGCUCCUAAGAUCACAUUUAGUGCUGUGAUACCAACUAUUUUAGUGUCUCACUUUACCGGACUGUUGCUGUUCUGGAGCCCGGAAACCUGUGCCAGAUGGGCGCAUGUGUUCUCACUGGUUACCAUGGAAGCUGUAACCACCGGAUUAUUAGCAUAUUUUAUUGGUGCUACAUUUUUACCUUAUCUCACAAGAAGGUCAAUUUCUAGGGCUGAACCAGAAGCUAAAGAUGAACUCCUUGCCAGCUGGCCAUUACUGAAAUGCCUUGGGUUGAUAUGGCAUGGUGUUCUAAUGGGUGGACUUGCUAUGAUGAACUUCUCGUUGGGAUACUUGUUAACUUUGGUAACUGUGCCUGUUUAUUGCUGUGUCAAACCAACUAAUAGAAGGAUUCAUCGUCUUAUCCAGGCUGUCUUGGUGUUACUUGUGAGUCCAAUGUCUCUUUUGUUUAUAUUAAUGUUGUUUUACCACACAACUGUACUUGAAUCUACCGAUGUAUGGACAUUACUAACAGAUGCCGUAUACACUUCGAGAUCGGCGUUAUUUGACUCAGUUGUUAACAGUUACAUACAUGGUAAUUGGACGUACCCGCUAGCCGCUCUUCUUAUUUUCCCAAACUGGCUGAUGUUUUGGAGCGUACUAUGGCAGAAUCCAUAGUGUCUGUGUGUGAACUGUCUAUGGGGAUAUUACGGACACGCUAACUUGGUUUACCGAGACAAAUACUGUAACAAUACUAGCAUGUGAAGUGGUCUGCGCAUGACACAAUUUCAUUGGUAUCUUGUUAGAAUGA